CGCGGACCUUGGAGCCGGGGUCUGGCUGUGCUGUGGCUUCUCUCCAUCGAAAAUGUUUUCCUUGGGCUCCCAGCUCCCAGCGCUGCCGGGGCUGGCGUGGGGCUGGGCACUGCUGGAUGCGCUCCUGCAAGGGCUGGUGGGUGCCUGCGCCGUCUCGGUGCUCUGCAGCCUCCUGAAGGUUUAUCUCUACAUCCAGUGCGUGAACAACCCAGAGAGGCAGGCGGAGAAGGAGGCGAUCGCGGCGCAGCGGCCGCUGCUGGAGCCGCUGCAUGUGCUGGUGCUGAGCGCUGUGCUGGCCCUGGUGGGCUCCCGAGUGGCUGCGCUGGUGGUGCUGGAGUUCUCCCUGCGCGCCGUCUCCACCAUCCUCUCCCUCGGCAAGGGCGCCCACAGCAGCCAGCUGUACCUGCUGUGCCAGUACUCUCUGGGCUGCGGGGUGUCGUGCGGCCUCAGUUUCCUGCUGGAGGGGGCUCCCCACCGCAGCUGGAACCUGCUGCUGGCGGCGGGGCUGGCGGCGCUGCUGGCGCUGCACUCGCGGCGCCUGGCCCGGCACGUCUGCACCUUGUACGAGCUGCACAGCCGGGCUCGCUACUGCGGCGUGUGCAUCCUGCUGCUGGCCACGGGCCACGGCAUCCCCCGCCUGCUGCGCAACGCCCUGGGGCUCACCUUCGCCGUGGCCGACCUGGCGGCCGUGGAGCUCAUCAACCGCGACUUCCUCUCCACGGGCGAGGCCGUGCGCUUCUGGACCCCGCUGACCAUCUGCUACACCCUGCUGGUGGUGUACAUGCAGGAGGAGUCCCGGCAGAGCACGGGCAGGGGGCCGGUGUUCCGGACCGUGCUGGUGAGGAUGGGCGGCCUCUUCAUCCUCCUCCUCACCGUGGGCCGAUGGAUCGACAUCCUGCACGUCUUGGUGUCUCUGCUGGGGGAGCUCUGGUGCCUGCUGCGCUCCGGGGUGCUGCUGGACUCCUGCUGGAGGCAGGAUUUUGCCCAGCAGCCUCGCUCGGACGCUUUGUCGGGCUCCAGGUCGCAGCAGGCGUCCCGAUGAGCUGCAGGGCGUAACCGGGCAGCAGAAACUCGGGGUGGCACCCCCAGAACCCCCCAUCACACAUCCCCCAUGGGGACUAAGGGAGAAAGGGCUCCUGGAAGGCAUCCGACCCCAUCCCACGGGGUGGAGGAGGUCGGAGGGAAGACUCACGUUGCCCUGGUUUUUGGGGGGACCCUGUGAGGCUGCAGCACUACUGGGGUUUGUUCUCUGGUCCCAGUGGAACUGUGGGAUGCUGAUGGAUGUCCCAUCCUUGCUGGCUGCAAGGCCGCACUGCCAGGGGCCGCCAGGGGGUUAUAAAUCUCAGAAAAUAAAUUUUUUUCCAGCAAAAUCCAUGGGCAGAGCAAGCUGGGGUCCCAUUGUGCUGGAAAGGCACUUGGGAUGGAGGCGGUGCAGCUUUUUGAGGGAGGUGGGUAAAAUUCCAAAGUUCCACUUUGGGAAGGGAAACUGAGGCAUGAGUGGGGUGAAUCUCUGGCUGGGAUGUGCCCCUGUGCCUCAGUUUCCCCCUGGCUGCAGCUCACUGUGCUGUGCCAGGGGGCAACAGGCCCUGUGAAGGUGGGGUGCAGUUUGGGGAAGGGGGGUUCUGGGCAUGGACCCCCGGCGCAGAGGGGG